AUGGCUGAGGAGGUCCUGGCUCUGCGAGAGCAGCUGUUGGCCGAGGUCACCUGCCCGUUGUGCCUGGAUGUGUUCGAGCAGCCCGUGCUCACGGCGUGCGGGCACAGCUUCUGCGGGCAGUGCCUGGCGGCCGUGCUGGGGGACCCCCCGCGCCCCGCCGCCUGCCCGCAGUGCCGCGCCCCGCUGGAGCCGGGCUCGCAGCGCCCCAUCCGCUCCCUGGGCAACGUGGCCGGGCUGGCCCGGUCCCUGGAGGAGGUGGCGGCGCGGCCGCGGUGCCCCCAGCACGGCAAGGCCCUGGCGCUGUUCUGCGAUCCCUGCGCCGCCCUGCUCUGCGCGCCCUGCCGGGACGGGCCCGAGCACCGCGGGCACCGUGUCCGCCCCGCCGAAGAGGCCGCCCGGGAGCUGCAGAAGAAACUCCGGAGAAACCUGCUUUAUUUACAAGGAGAGAAGAAAAAAUUGAAUCACAGAGGAGACCAGAAAAGUGAAGACCUGCAGGUGACAGUGAGGUCGGAGCUGCAGCGAGUGGCUGAGAGCUUUGAGGAGCUGCGGCAGUGGCUGGAGGAGCAGAAAGAGACCCUGCUGGCCCAGCUGGAGCAGAUGUCCCAUGAGCUGGACAGUAAGAGCGAGGAAUACAGGCACAGGGUUUUGGAGAGGCAGUCGCUGCUGGACACGGUGAUUGCGCAGAUCCAGGAGAAGGAGGAGCAGCCGGCGGUCGAGUUCCUCAAGGAUGUUGGCACAAUCCUGAGCAGCUGUGAGGCAGCCAAGGCCCCGAUCCCAGAGCCAGUUUCCCCAGAGCUGCAGAAGAGCAUUCAGAGCCUCACUUGGAAGAGGCAGUGGGUAGUGGACAUGGUGGAUAAAUUCAGAGUGAACCUGCGGAGUGAGAUAGACUGGGGCAUAAGGGAGCAGGUGACGCUGGACCCAGAGACAGCGAAUCCUCGCCUGAUCCUCUCAAAGAACUGCAAAAUGCUCCAGUUGAGAUAUGAAGAAAAAAACAUCCCUGACAACCCCAAGAGGUUCAACGUCAGCUGCUGUGUCCUGGGCUCCCAGGGGUUCACGUCUGGGAGGCAUUACUGGGACGUGGAGGUUGGAGAAGAGGGCUGGUGGGCCGUGGGGGUGGCCCUGGAGUCCGUGCCAAGGAAGACGUGGAUCAACCUGCGCAGCUCUGAGAAGCUCUGGGGGCUGCUAAUGACGUUCGAUAGCCAGUACAGAACAGUCUGCAUGACCCCUGAGGUGCUGGAGCUCAGGGAAAAAGUCCAAAGGAUCAGGGUUCACCUAGAAUACGAAGCGGGCCUAGUGACCUUCUACAACGCAGAGCACAUGACACUGAUCCAGCAGUUGGAGGCCACCUUCACUGAGAAAGUCUUCCCGUAUUUUUCGGUCUCCUCAGUAGUAACCCACAUCCGGGUGUGUCACUGGCCCAGCCCCGCCUCGGCACCUUCCCGUCUAUUCCACUCCAUCGCGGCCAUGGCUGAGGAGGUCCUGGCUCUGCGAGAGCAGCUGUUGGCCGAGGCCACCUGCCCGUUGUGCCUGGAUGUGUUCGAGCAGCCCGUGCUCACGGCGUGCGGGCACAGCUUCUGCGGGCAGUGCCUGGCGGCCGUGCUGGGGGACCCCCCGCGCCCCGCCGCCUGCCCGCAGUGCCGCGCCCGGCUUGAGCCGGGCUCGCAGCGCCCCAACCGCUCCCUGGGCAACGUGGCCGGGCUGGCCCGGUCCCUGGAGGAGGUGGCGGCGCGGCCGCGGUGCCCCCAGCACGGCAAGGCCCUGGCGCUGUUCUGCGAGCCCUGCGCCGCCCUGCUCUGCGCGCCCUGCCGGGACGGGCCCGAGCACCGCGGGCACCGUGUCCGCCCCGCCGAAGAGGCCGCCCGGGAGCUGCAGAAGAAACUCCAGAGAAACCUGCUUUCUUUACAAGAACAGAAGAAAAAAUUGAAUCACAGAGGAGACCAGAAAAGUAAAGACCUGCAGGUGUGUGUUCCUCUCCAUGUCCCCCACUGCUCACCCAUGUGGCUCCCCAGGAAUGUCCCACCUUUCCCUCUCCCCAUAUAUCCUUAUCUCCUAAUCCAUGCCAAUGUUCUUUUCUCUGCCCAUCUCAUGUGGCCUCCUUGGGCCCAUCAACAUCCAGACUUGCCCCCCUGUCUCUGUUCUUCCUGCUGCUCCUGUUGCAAACCUCUGGUCCCGUUGUGUGUGAUCCUUGUCCCCUCUCUGCAGCAGCCGUGUCCCUGCGGGGGCAGCCGGAGCCUGGCUGGGCUCAGGGCCUCCGUGCGGUGCCUUGCAGGUGACAGUGAGUGGCUGGAGGAGCAGAAAGAGACCCUGCUGGCCCAGCUGGUGCAGAUGUCCCAUGAGCUGGACAGUAAGAGCGAGGAAUACAGGCACAGGGUUUUGGAGAGGCAGUCGCUGCUGGACACGGUGAUUGCGCAGAUCCGGGAGAAGCGGGAGCAGCCGGCGGUCGAGUUCCUCAAGGAUGUUGGCACAAUCCUGAGCAGCUGUGAGGCAGCCAUGGCCCCGAUCCCAGAGCCAGUUUCCCCAGAGCUGCAGAAGAGCAUUCAGAGCCUCACUCGGAAGAGCCAGCAGGUUGUGGACAUGGUGAAUAAAUUCAGAGAGCAGGUGACGCUGGACCCAGACACGGCGCAUCCGCGCCUGAUCCUCUCGAGGGACUGCAAAACCGUCAGGUUAGGAGCUGAAGAACAAAACGUCCCUGACACCCCCAAGAGAUUCAUGCAAUGGUGCAGUGUCUUGGGCUCCCUGGGGUUCACGUCUGGGAGGCAUUACUGGGAGGUGGAGGUCGGGGAAAUUGGCUGCUGGGUCGUGGGGGUGGCCCUGGAGUCCUUGCCGAGGAAGGAGCCAAUCUACCUGGACAGAUCUGGGAAGGUCUGGGGGCUGGAGGAGGAGUGGAUUGGCCAAUACAGAGCAGUCUGUAAGACCUCACCCCCGGUGGCACUGAGGGAAAAGCUGCAGAGAAUCAGGGUCUGCCUGGACUAUGAAAUGGGCCGAGUGACCUUCUACAACGCAAAGGACCUGACGCAGAUCUUGCAGUUGGAGGUCACCUUCACUGAGAAAGUCUUCCCGUAUUUUUUGCUCUAUUUAAAACCAACCCAGAUCCGGGGAGUUUUUAAAAGCUCGAGAGCAGCUGGAAUUGGCCAAGUAGAGAUCCACGGUGUUAAAGUGAUAGCGAAAAUCACCACUCAGCAGAAAAUGGCUCUCGUGGCGGCACGGGCAGUCGAAGCACCUUUCCCGUGCCGCGGGCGGCUGGGGGCAGGAGGAAAUCACCAUUUAGCGGAAAAUGACGCUCGGAGGCGGCGGGGGCCGUGGGUAGCGGAGGGGCGGCCAGCGGCGGCUUUCGCCGAAUGCGCGGAGCUCCCGGCCGGGGACCGCGCGUACCGCACGGGCGGCAGCGAGCCGGGAACCCCUGGCGCGGUGCCUGUCGGCAGCUCCGAGCCAACGGAGCGGGGCUGCGGCCCCCGGACGCACAGGAGCCCAGGGCUGCCGCUAGCAAAGGCUGCCCGCAUGGACCAGGGCGCUUCGGAGGCGCGGGAGCACCGGCGCCGAGAGCCUUUGAGCUUUGGGCGGCGGAGCCCAGAGCCGCGGCUCUCGGUGCCCAGCCUGGCGGCAGUGCCGCGGGACGUGUCCAGCGCAGAGCCACAGCCCAGCACGGCGGGGCUGAGCAAACGCGGGGCGGGAGCGGAGCGGGGCAAGGACCGGCGGCCAGCCCGGGCCGAGCGCGUCUGCCCCGCGGCGGUGCGCUGCGGCUGGCUCCAGUAUGACUAUGUUGGGUACAGCCCUGUGCUUGUGAGUGUGCACAGGCUCUCUUCCCGUUUAUUCCACUCCAUCGCGGCCAUGGCUGAGGAGGUCCUGGCUCUGCGAGAGCAGCUGUUGGCCGAGGCCACCUGCCCGUUGUGCCUGGAUGUGUUCGAGCAGCCCGUGCUCACGGCGUGCGGGCACAGCUUCUGCGGGCAGUGCCUGGCGGCCGUGCUGGGGGACCCCCCGCGCCCCGCCGCCUGCCCGCAGUGCCGCGCCCCGCUGGAGCCGGGCUCGCAGCGCCCCAUCCGCUCCCUGGGCAACGUGGCCGGGCUGGCCCGGUCCCUGGAGGAGGUGGCGGCGCGGCCGCGGUGCCCCCAGCACGGCAAGGUCCUGGCGCUGUUCUGCGAGCCCUGCGCCGCCCUGCUCUGCGCGCCCUGCCGGGACGGGCCCGAGCACCGCGGGCACCGUGUCCGCCCCGCCGAAGAGGCCGCCCGGGAGCUGCAGGAGACACUCCAGAGAAACCUGCUUUCUUUGCAAGAACAGAAGGAAAAGUUGAAGAGCAGAGGAGACCGGAAAAGUGAACACCCGCAGGUGACAGUGAUAUUGGAGUUGCGGAGUGCAAUUCAGACAUACGAGGAGCUGCAGCAGUGCCUGGAGGAGCAGAAGAAAUUCGUGCAGGUCCAGCUGGAGCAGCUGUCCCAUGAGCUGUUCAGUAAGAGUGAGGAAUACAGGCACAGGGUUUUGGAGAGGCAGUCGCUGCGGGACAGGGUGAUUGCGCAGAUCCAGGAGAAGCGGGAGCAACCGGCGGUCGAGUUCCUCAUGGAUGUUGGCACAAUCCUGAGCAGCUGUGAGGCAGCCAUGGCCCCGAUCCCAGUCUCCCCAGAGCUGCAGAAGAGCAUUCAGAGCCACUAUCAGAAGAGCAAACAACUCAUGGCCAUGGUGGAUCAAUUCAGAGUGAACAUGUGUCACAAGAUAGACUGGCAAAGGGAGCAGGUGACGCUGGACCCAGACACGGCGCAUCCUCACCUGCUGCUCUUGGACGACGACAAAGAGGUCUGGUUCAGAAAUGAAGAACAAAACCUCCCUGACAACCCCAAGAGGUUCACAGGCAGCCUCAGUGUCUUGGGCUCCCAGGGGUUCACAUCUGGGAGGCAUUACUGGGAGGUGGAGGUUGGAGAAGAAGACUACUGGGCCGUGGGGGUGGCCCUGGAGUCUGUGCCCAGGAGGAAGCCAAUCUACCAUGGCAGCUCUGAAAAGGCCUGGGUGCUGCAACUGCACUGCGGCUACUACUGGGCACAAUCUGUGUCCUCUGAGUGUCUGGCACUCAAGGAAAAGCUCCGGAGGAUCAGGGUCUGCCUGCACUAUGAAAUGGGCCUAGUGACCUUCUACAAUGCAAAGGAAAUGAUGCAGAUCUUCGAGUUUAAGGCCACCUUCACUGAGAAAGUCUUCCCGUAUUUUUCGGUCUCCUCAGAAGGAACCCACAUCCGGGUGUGUCACUGACAGGGUGGGAUGGCUGCCGGGCCCCUCUUGCAUUGCCCUAAAUUGUUGAUUGUUCUUUCACACUGGGUGAAUGGAGACUUCCACUGUAUAGUCUCUAUAUUGCACUGAAUAGUUUAUGUUAUAUCACAUGGUUUGUUCUUCCCCUCUCCUACCACAUGGAUUUCCUUCACCCACCCCUCUCCCCAGUACCCUCCCCUGGUCUCUGCCCUGGUUUACCCCUCCUCACUGUGUCCCAUGGGCUGUGCUCCUCGUCCUCUGCACCCCAUUCCCCGGGUUAGAAGGCUCCCACCAUGAGGCAACAGUCUCUUUCCCACCUCGCACUCAGGGAAAAACUCCAGAGAAUCAGGGUUUGCCUGGACUAUGAAAUGGGCCGAGUGACCUUUUAUAACGCAAAGAACAUGAGCCUGAUCCUGCAAUUGGAGGCCACCUUCACUGAGAAUGUCUUCCCGUAUUUUUGGAUCUGCUCAGAAGAUACCCAGAUCUGGGUGUGUGACUGACAGGGUGGGAUGGCUGCCAGGCCCCUGCCCGUGCCCUUGGCUGGCUGAGCAGGGAGGAGCUGUGGCAAUGACACGGCAUCAGUCUGCAGCCUCCCUGCAGCUCUGCCUGCCCUGGACCCUCUCUGCAAUUUUCCGCAUCUCCUCCCGCCCAGUCCUUUGGAGCAUUCAAGAAGAGCUGUCCUGCCUGGGGCUGUCUGCGUGCUGCUGUCCUGCCUAGGGGCCAUGGGGAUGGUGUCCUACCUCUCCCUGUGGGCACUGAGGCCACAGAAUAAUCGGGAGGGAGGAGGGAAGAGGCUCUGAUUGUCCAUGCCAGCCUUUGGCAGCACUGCAGGGCUGGAGGAUGCAGCCACCCUGCACUCUGGAAGCCAGGCUGGAGCCCCAAACUGAUAAUGAUGUCUUCAAUUUUAUGUUUCAUGGUUUUUGGAUUCUGUGCUGCUUUGGUGCGUAGCUCUGAGCUUCAUGUUAAGUGUUAGGAAGUUCUUUUCACAGGGUAGGUAGACAAAACAAUCCUUUUGUAGCUUGAGACCAAGGAUAGAAGGUCCCGGCGCAAAAAAUAAAAACAACAGAGAAUUGAAGAGAGAGAAAGGAGGAGGAUGGUACUUCAUAACCUAAAACUGUAUUUGGAAAAUUAACUCAAAUAUUUUUAAUGAAGCAGAACUUAUAAAAGCGUGAGACCACUUGCUUUGGGUCCAUCUUGGAUGUAGCCCCGGCCAGGCUACUGCCCAAAACGUAGCCAUUGAGGCCUUUUACCAAAUCCCUACCUUAUUCUUUAAAUCUAUCUAGCCUGUGUUCUAGGUCAAUCUGCAUAAGGCCUCAGUUCUGGCACCCCAAUGGGACAGAACCCACAGUCCCUGGCUCAGGAAGCCAAUGCCUUAUCCAUUAGUGGUGGUAACUGCUCAAAAAUUUGUAAAAAGGAAAAUGUUCAGGGAUCGAUAGCAGGAGUUAGGGAAGAGCAGCAGGAGCUGGGGUGUGAUGGUGGUCUCUGAGAUUUGGUAUGCUUGGGGAAAGAGCGGACACCCCACAUAUUUAUCCAGGAACUGGCAUUGUGUGCCUGGCAGGGCUCAGGCAGAGCAACACGGCUUGUGGGUCUUGUCCUGGAGAUCUCCUGGAUCCAAAGCGAUCAGCUGGACACAGCAGCUUCUGGAAUCACCAGAGAGAUAUGGCAGAGGAUUUGCCAGGGGCUGGACAGCAAGAUCUGUCAACCCGGUGCUGAGGAGAAGCUGCGUGUCCUAAAGAGUUCAUGUGGAGUACAAGUGCGGGACUGUCAGUCUCUCUUCUCCUGCUCCUCUCUCCGUGAACCCCAUCCUGGUGUCGCAGGCCGGUGCCCUGCCGUAUUUCCCCAGCCGCUCACCAAACCCCCAUAAAGUGGCUUUUACAAAGUGGC